AUGAACACGGCAUUGACAAGAAUUUAUGAAAGGCCGAUGGGACCAAAUGGUAUGGAGCAUGAACCGUUAAUUCAGAAUGGUCAAUACAACAAUCCUAUGAUUGAUCGUUAUCAGGAAAUGCAAUCUUCAUAUGUUCACGAGAGACGUCAAGUUGAGUUGAUCGAGCACUUGUGGGAGAUGAAAGGCAAUCACAGUGGAUGA